AUGUACUUUGCCAAAUUCUUUGAUGAGGACAUCUUUGAGGCCAUUGCUCACCAGACAAACUUGUAUUCAUGUCAGCUCAUUGGAAGCAGCAUCAACACCAAUGUCUCUGAAGUUAAGGCAUUCAUUGGAAUGAAGCUGAUCUUGGGUGUAGUGAAAAUGCCAGCUGUGGAGAACUCCUGGGCAACAGAUACACGCUAUGAAAAAGUAGCAGAUGUCAUGCCUCUCAGGAGAUACAAGUGUUUAUCCAGGAUGCUCCAUUUUCAUGAUAACUUGAGCUCUGACACCAGUGAAGAUCGCCUGCUAAAAUUAAGGCCUAUACUUGACUACAUGAGGAACAGGUUCAUGGAAAUUGAGAGUGAGAACCAAUUCUCAAUUGAUGAAAUGAUGGUUCCUUACAAAGGCAAGAAAGCUGGCAGUCUUCGGCAGUAUCUACCCAGCAAACCCAAGAAAUGGGGGUUCAAGAUUUUUGUGCGAGCUGGUGUCUCUGGCUUUGUGUACGACUUCAUGGUUUACACAGGGAAGUCUACAUUUGAUGGUGCUCUUCAAACUCCGGAAAAGGAGUUUGGGUUGGGUGGAAAUGUUGUUCUGCAGCUGUGCAGAACAAUCAGAAAUCCCUGCGACUGUGUUGUCUACUUUGACAACUUUUUCACAUCGUUGAGUCUGAUAAGCCAUCUGAGAGAGUCCAUGGGCCUCAGAAGUUUGGGUACCAUCCGAAAGAACCGCUUGAAGGGUUGUAGACUGGCAGAAGAUCGAGAUCUCCUCCAAAGAGGAAGAGGCAGUUUUGACUUUUGUGUAGACAAUGAUGCAAAGCUCGCUGUGGUCAAAUGGGCAGACAACAAAACAGUCACCUUGGUGAGCUCCUGUGCUUCUGUCAACCCUCUUGGCCAAGUGAGACGCUACUCGAAAGAGGAGAAGAAGAAGAUAAGUGUGCCAUGUCCAAAGAUAGUGGCUGAGUACAACACUCACAUGGGAGGUGUGGAUUUGGCUGACAUGAUGAUUUCCCUGUAUCACACUCCAGCAAAUUCCCACCGAUGGUACCUAGCCAUAUUUUGGCAGAUAGUUGACAUUGCUGUCAAUAAUGCCUGGCUUCUCCACCGUCGUGAUGCAGCCCCACUUGGUCAGAAACACCAGUGUCUGAAGGACUUUAGGUUGGAUGUUGCCAAAGGACUCAUCUACCCUGAAAAGCAGAAAAGGGGACGCCCCUCCAAAGACAAUGGAAACAACAUACCACCAAAAGUAAUCAAACAGCCAAAAGUCCCCAGGCCUGUGGAUGAUAUGAGAUAUGACAAGAUUGACCACUUUCCUUUUCUGUCAGUGAAAGGUCGAUGCAGGAUGUGCCAGGAUGGACAGACCUCUAUCAUGUGUCAGCUGAUCAGCUGCUCCUAG